AUGGCGUCCUCGUCGUCGGUGUUGCGGCUCUACCGCGAGAUGCUGCGCAGCGCAGCCAAGCUUGAGACUUACAACUUCCGAGCCUACGCCACACGCCGCGUAAAGGAAGAUUUCCGCAAGCAUAAAACGAUUCAAAUUGACAGUUCGGAGCAGGAGAAGAUGCUUGCCUUUGCACGUGAACAAGCGGACAUUCUGUACCGCCAGAUGGUCGUAUCCAAGUUAUAUCCACCACAUAUUCCGAGUGUUAUGGAAACACUAAGCAAGUAG